AUGCCCGUGGGUGGGACGGAUCGGGCUGCAGAGGAGGAAAGGGAGCUGGAGAUGUCCCCGGGGCAGGAGCCCUCAAGCAUCCCCGAGGCCAUCCUAAAAGAAGAGUCUUCAUCACGGGCUGAAGAUGUCGCGGGAGGGGAAGCCCCGGGCAGUGCACAGGAUGGUGCUGGAGGGGAGCUGCUGGGAGCAGAAGAGCCCUGGGCAGGAGAGGCUGCGGGUCCCGACACCCUGGGGCAGGAGAGCGGAGCCUGGGAAGAGCCCGGGGAGCUGCAGGACUUUGCAGGAGAGGUGCUGGAGCAGGAGGAACCGGAGCUGGAGCCCAGAGAGGAGCCCUGGGCGCCGGGGACGGGCAGGAGCGUGGAGCUGGAGGACACGCUGCCGGACAGCACGCCCUUGCACCUCUACGAAGGCGAGAUGAUGGCCGCGGUCGCACCCAGCCCACAACCUCUGGGGAGCGAGGGGACCACAAAGACACCCCCCACGUCCGAAAUGUCUCCGGAGGCUGAGGGGUGGCUGGAAGGGAGGGACAAGGCACCGACCCCCACCGUGGCGGAGAGCCACGAAGAGGAGGCAGGGAUGGAAAUCGUCCCCGUGGCAGAGGGGGCCAAGGUGGAGGAAGGGUAUUUCAUAAUUUCUGCUCCCAACCAAGAGGUGUCCAGCUCAGAGGAAGCUGAGAUCUCUGAGGACUUUGAAGAAAUUCAAGUUGAAGCCACCGAAGGCAGCAAAGAUGAGCUGGAAGCUCCCAGAGAAGCGUCUCAGGAGCCAGAGGACGAAGGGCACUUCGAGGCGUUUGCUGGUGACGCAGAUGACGAUGUGAAGAUGCCCACUGAAGAGUUUGAGAUGCCAAAGGAUGAGGAUGAGGGUGAUGCUGGUGGUUUUUCUGUUGAGCUGGAGGAAGAUCCAGCUGCACCCGAAGCAGAUCCCACCUCCCGCGGGGCUGCGGGGCCGUUAGCAGGAGGUGAUGACGAGGCAGCCCAGGGUGACACGGGUGCUGACACGCACGAGGGACCGGGGCACACGGAGGGCUCGGCUGCCGAAGCCGACGAGGAGCUCGAUGCCAUGAUCGAGCCAGAAGGCGAUGCCGGCAGAGCCGAAACACUCCCAGGCUCCAACCUGGGGCUGGUGGGGCAGGAGGAGGAGGAAGAUGAGCCCAGCACAGCUUACCAUGAUACGACCGAGCCCAUCCCUCCAGCAGGGCUCCAAGACCAGGAGAUGGCGGUUUCUCCACUGUCCGACCAAGCAGAGCAGCCGUUGGAUGAGCCACCAUCGGAUGAGCCGCCAUCGGAUGAGCCGCCAUUGGAUGAACUGCCAUCGGAUGAGCAGCCGUUGGAUGAGCCACCAUUGGAUGAGCCAUCGUUGGAUGAGCCGCCAUUGGAUGAGCUGCCAUCGGAUGAGCAGCCAUUGGAUGAGCAGCUGUUGGAUGAGCCACCAUCAGAGGAGCAGCCAUUGGAUGAUGAGAAGCCGUUCGAGGAGCCAGCGUUGGAUGAGCAACCAUUGGAUGAAGCACCAUCAGAUGAGCAGUUGUUGGAUGAGCAUCCAUCAGAUCAGCUGCCACCGGAGGAGCAUCCAUCGGAUGAGCAGGUGUUGGAAGAGCAGCCAUCAGAUGAGCCACCAUUGGCUGAGCCGCUGUUGGAUGAGCUGCCAUCGGACAAGCAGCCAUUGGAUGAGCAACCAUCAGAUGAGCAGCCAUCGGUUGAGCAGCCAUUGGAUGAGCAUCCAUCUAUGGGGCAGGAAGCACCACACAGUGACAGCCCCGCCCUGAUCAGGGACAAGGAGCCCCCAUCCAAGACUGACCCACCUCCACCGGGCUCUGCACCGGAGCAGGAAGAUUUUCCAGAGAUGAUUCAAGAACACCCAGACGUGGCUGAUCUCGCUGCAAAGGUGCCGGCAGAUGUCCUGAAGGACUCGGAUAUUUUGGAAAUCGUCGAGCAAGCCUUGGAGUUCAACCAGGAGCUGGUGAUGGGGGCGAGGGCGGCCAAGGGUGGGCAGCGGGAUCCCGGCGGGACCGAGCUCCCUGGGGACGCGGGGGAAGAUUCCUCAACAGGGGAGGAGCCGACGGUGCAGGAGGCACCAGCAGAUGCGGCACCGCGGUCGGAGCGUCCGGUUGGGGCAGAGAACGGGCUGCACCGGGAGGCCAGCCUGGAGGACCUGGCCGAAUUCACCGAGGAG